CGCAUGCUCCGUGGGCUCCGGAAGGCAGAAUGGAGGCACAGGACUAGUGGCGUGGGACCUAAUUCCGGGUGAGUGGAGGCGGCCUCAUUCCCGGUGUCGCAUUGAGCAUGGCCAUAAUGCCUGCCUGAAAAACAUUUCCGUUCUGGGGUGGGAUAUAGUUUCCUGGAAAGCCUCGACCCCUGUAGCUGCCGGAGACGUUUCUCUGCAAAAGCCCUCCUCCAGCUGCAAUAUUCUGUGCAGGGAUUUCUUGGAAGUAAGGGCUGCUGAAACCAGACUCCGAUCCUGGGUUCGGGUCGGAGUCCAGUCGUGCAACCCCUAUACAUACCUACUCGGAGGUAAGACCCGUUAAACUCAACGGGACUUACGACCAGGCAAGUGGGCGGAGAGGACUGCCGCCUAGUUGCGUUUCUUGCAGUUAAGGCUGCUGUCCUGUGCCCUUGAACAUCGUGAAAUUUACAUCUGUGUAAGCUGGGUGCAAUGUUGCACAAGAGACUGCUGUUGCUGCAAAUAUUCUGCCCUGCAACAACCUUUCAUUCUAACCCCUUGGGUUUGGGUGGGGUAUUACUUCUGGUAUUCAUAUAAAUUUUACUCAGAGUACUCCCACUUAAACUAAUGGACCUAACUUAGGCAUGCUCAUUAACUUCAGUGGGAGGGAUGGCUCAGUCAGUAGAGCACGAGACUCUUUAAUAUCUAGACUCUGAGAAAAAACUUGGCUGAAUUGCUACCCUGCACAUCUCAGAAAAGCUCUUUGAGGUUUUUUCCUUUAAUUAUCAGGCACAACAAUUAGAGGGGAAUAAUAAAGCGGGUGACGCUGUGGUCUAAGCCACUGAGCCUAGGGUUUGCCGAUUGGAAGGUUGGUGGUUCGAAUCCCCACGGUUCGAAUCCCCACGAGGGGGUGAGCUCCCGUUGCUCGGUCCAAGCUCCUGCCAACCUAGCAGUUUGAAAGCACAUCAAAGUGCAAGUAGAUAAAUAGGUACCGCUCCAGCGGGAAGGUAAAUGGUGUUUCCGUGCGCUGCUCUGGUUUCGCCAGAAGCGGCUUAAUCAUGCUGGCCACAUGACCCGGAAAAACUGUCUGCGGACAAAGUCAGCUCCUUCGGCCGGUAAAGCAAGAUGAGCGCCGCAACCCCAGAGUCGUUCGCCACUGGACUUAACUGUCAGGGGUCCUUUACCUUUACCUUUAAUAAAGACUUGUGAUGGUCCCCUCUCCCCCAGAUGAGGCAAUCAUUGCUCCUGAGCUGUCCUAGAAUCUGUUUGCUAACAGUGUUACUCAGAAGUAACCAUUGAGUUCAGUGAGGGUUACUCAAGUGGGUGUAGGAUUGCAGCCUAAGAUGCAAGCACUGUUCCCAUCGCUACCGAUAAAUUUUCUUGUGAUUCAAAGCACACUCUGCAUGUGGAUUUCAUCCUGUUUUAUACAUUGAAGUGCUUUCCUUAGAGAGACACCUCACAAGUUGUCUUACAACUCCAGGAUAAUGCUUUGGAAUAAGAUGGUUCCAAGAUUCUCCCCAGUUCCAGUUACCUAUGUUUUGGUGGCAUAAUGUGUAGAGCAAGCAUAGGGAACCUGUGGCCUCUAGACAUUGGACUACAACUCCCAUCAUCCCUGCUGGCUGGGGAGAUAGAAUUGGGAGUUCAACACCAUCUGAAUGGCCACAGGUUCCCCAUCCUUGAAGUAGUGUCAAUUUGUACCUGGGAAAGCUGGGUUUAGAUCCUGAAUCACUAGGUGACCUUGGGCCAAUCACCACCUCUCCCCCUAACAUCUCUUACGGGCUUGUGAGAAUCAAAUGGAACAAACUCCAUGGAUGUCACUAUAAGCUUCUUGGAGAAUGGUUUGGAUUUUAUUUUUUUUAUGGAACAAAUAAAAUCAUAAAUGGUUGUUUUCAGCUUUCCCCCUGGAAGUAGUGGCACUUAUCCCAGCAAGGCUUUUUGUCUGUUUUGUGUUAAUGGUUUUAUUUGCUUACAUCACUUCACACGUAUCAGUAAACUAAUAAUCUGUUCUUCCCCAUCUUCAGCAGGAACAGGUGUUACUGAUAAUGGCUGUAUCUAGCUUGAUUCGGAGCUUUGGGUCCCUGCUGUUGUCCUCAAGCCCUCGUCUCUCCCAGGUACAGCAGCCACGUUGAUCAGUUUCUUAUCUUUUUCCACUGUGGGUUUAUUAUUGCAUGCACUAUGUAUAUAGAAUGUCCUCUCUCUGGAUAGAAUUUUGCUGUGGACCUUGCAGCGCAAUUAAACUUGCUUAUUUUCCUGACGCCAAGGCCUUAAAUUGUGUGGAAUUACCAGGGCUCAGCCUAGAAACCAAUUCCGUUUUAGUUGUUGCUGUUUGUUUUAGGAUUUGACCAAAUGACGCAUGCAGAUAUAAUAAGGAAAAAUUCUUAUGAGCAUUUGUUUUCUGCUCUCUUGAGUAAUAACAACCAACACCCCUCUCCCCCAAAAAAUCUGAAAGUAAGGAGAACAGUGUUUGGCUUGGAGGUUGUGACAUCUAAUACAGGAUUCAGUCCCAGCCCCUUCCACUGUAGACUGUUAAGCACCACAAACUUUUCAAGUGUUUUUGACCCUGUGUUUUGCAACAACUGCUGCAUUUUUAACGCAUUGCAGUGGGAUAAUUUUUUCAGAUCUUUUACAUAGUAAUGCAUUAUAUUACUAUGAUUUUAAAAAAGGGUCUGAUGUGGUAUAAGACAGUUCCUUCUGUUCCUAAUUAAAUUAAGGCUUGCUUUCAGAACCAAAAAAUAAAUAAAAAUUCAGAUCUUUGCUGAUAAGAUUGUCACUGCAUUUUAAGGCCGCAUUUCCAAAGCACAAUAGACAGUGAAGGAUUGCGAGAUUAUGGCCUAGGUUACCAACCUGUUUAAGACCAUGGGUACAUUCAGACAGAAAAUGGACACAGAACAAGCUUUAAAAGCACAUAGAGCUGAAAGUGUGUGUGGGGGGAGUGCGACUCUUCCAGCUUUCUCCUUCAGCUCUAUGUACUUUAUAAAGGAGGAAAAGAUAGUCAUUCUCAUCACCUCAUGACCAAGGGGGGCAGUAAUAGUGGAGGACAAAGAUGUUUUCUGGGUGCUAAUGGAAGACUAUGCUGCAGACUUCUGGCAUAGAUCUAAUUCAAACACAUCCUGAACAUAGGAAUUAGGGUAGAAAAUUCAGUUCAUGAUGCUUGAUUUCCGCCUUUCCUAGAUACCUGUGCCUCCCAAGCCUACCUGCCUUGCUGGCCUUGUCCAUGCAUACCGUGAAAUCAGCACCUCUGCUGUUCUAUCUACCUCCGAUCCACUGUGGAAAUGCAGGAUCAAAUAUACCACAAAGCCCAUCGGCAUGAAAAAGACAGGAGGGCGAGACCACACAGGUAUGUCUGCAGCCCCUCACAGCUGGAUUGCGCUCAAGUGAGCAAAGGCAGCCUCCUCUGUCAGGAGAGACCAAGUAGGGGGAAAAGCCAAGUCUUCUGACGCUGUUCUCCUAUGGCAAGGAAAUUUCUUUUUAAAAAACAACAACACAGUUUUUGUUUUAAAUCUUUAGACUACGUUAAGGCAGGUGUGGGCAACCUUUCUUCUGUUGAGGGCCAUAUUCUCUCAAGGACAACUUGUUAGGGGCCGAAUACUGGCAGCAAGAUGGGAAUGUGCUUUGGGAAGGAGGUAGGAGGGCUCUAGGACCCUGCCAGAGCCCUGACGCCUCUUCCCAAAACCAGGCGCAACAUUGGAAAGGCAGUGGAAGUCCAACAAUGACUCUGAGAAUGAGUUGCUGGAUUAGAUGGGCUAUUGGCCUGAUCCAGCAGGUUCUUUUAAUGUUCUUGGGACUGCUUUUUAACUGAAGGUGCUCAGGAGCGAGCCUUGGAACUGCUAGACACAAAGCUUGUGCACUGCCACUGAACUGUGACCCACCUCAAAGAAAAUGGUGGAUGCCAAGCUCCAGUUAGGAGGAGAUGCGUUCUUCUGAUCAUUAUACUUAGCAUUUGUAUUGUGCGUUUCAAGUCUUCAAAGGGCUUCACAUAAAGUAAUUCUUACAACAACCCAGUAGGCCAGUGUAGCAUUAUCCAGGGUAGUUAUCUCCAUGUUACCCAUGGGCGACUGGAACUGGAACAAAGAGGACGAUAGUUUUCUUAAAGCCACUGAUUGAACUCAUGGGUGAGGUGAGAAUUUCCAGAUCAUAGCUGCACCAGCGCUCUCUAAUAUUUUUAUUUUGGGGAUUCAUUGACUCAAAUAAGAUGUGCUCGAGUCAACUAUCAAAAUAAUAAUGAAGCAACUUUACAAUUAGGACUCUUAGCUAAACAUAUUGUAUUGUUGCCAAGUAAAUAUGAAUAACAAUCUGGGCAUCUUUUGGUUUCUGUUUCUAAUCCUCAAGUUAAUUCCUGCUUCCCUCUGCCCCACCAAGUGUGUAUCAACCACCAUGAAGACUAGAAGCUUGCUUUUUGAAACCGGAAAGCUUUUAGUCUCGUUUCGGGUUUUACCUUUAGCCAGACCUCAUUUCUGACCGCUUUCAUAGACGUAGGGUGGUUGCUGGGAAGCUUGGUCCAGUAUUUUUAUCUAUUCAUUUGACUGCAAUGUGUGAUGCUGAAUGAGCUCCGUGUCCGUCACAAGGUCGUAUCCGGGUGCAUAGAAUUGGAGGCGGGCAUAAGCAGCGCUACCGCAUGAUUGAUUUCCGAAGGCUGAACUAUGAAGCUGGACAAGAGCCUGGUUCCUUUGAGGAGAAAGUGGUUCAGGUGCGGUACGACCCAUGCAGGUGAGUAGCAGACACAUGGUCUGGAGACUAUGGUGGUUUUUUUCCUUUUUGAUACUUGGGAAUGAGGAUGACAGCUUGAGCUGACCAUGCCCUCUUGGUAUCUCUUUGUUAUUGCCCACGGCAGAUCUGCAGACAUAGCUCUCGUGGCUGGAGGGAAGAGGAGACGGUGGAUCAUUGCGACCGAAAACAUGCAGGCUGGUGACAUCCUCAAAACUUCAGGACAAAUUGGCAGGAUGGCAGGUAAAUCUGGAGGACGGUGUCCUGUUCUGGGUGCCACAUUUUACAAAGGACAUUGACCAGCUGGGUAAUGCAGGUGGCAAGGACUCUGAAAAAACCAAGGCCCACGAAUAGUUCUUAAGGGCUAAUUAGGUUUAGCCUGGAGAAGAGAAACUUUCAGAGGAGAUAGGGUAGCACUCUUCAAAUAUUUAAAGGGCUGUCUUGCAGAAGACGGGAGCAGGCUCAAUCUCUGUUGUUCCAGAGCGUAGGGCUGGAACUAAUGUGUGGAAAUUGCAGGGAAGCAGAUUUCCUAACAGUAAGAACUGUUUUGACAGUGGAAGAGGCAGUGGUUCCAUCUGCACCAUACAUUUAAUGCAGUAUCAUGACGCUUUAAAGGGUUACGGCUUCCCCCAAAGAAUCCUGGGAACUGUAGUUUGUUGAGGGUGCCUAAAGUUAUUAGGACACCCACUUUUUCCUCCCCGCACAAUAUCAAUAACUGCAUUGAUUUUUAACUCUAUUUUUAUUGCUGCUUUUAUUUCUUAUAGUUGAAUUUGAUGUAAUGCAAACAGUAAUGCACUAAAAUGCAAUAAGAGAUGGAAACAGCAAUGAUACAGUUAAAACACAUACAGCAUCUAUGCAUAGCACAUCACAAUUGCUACAGUGGAUGUCAAAAGCAUUUAAGUGGUCCACCAAGACCACCAGCAACUUUCAAUUGAUCCAUGGGGGGAAAAUAUUGAGGAAACACUACUUAAAUGUACAGUGAAGCAUUAGCACCCGAAGCUCUGUUCUCACUCCCACCCUUACAUUGGAUGGCCCUGUGUCCAUAACAGGGCCUUUUCAGUGGUGGCACCAACAUUGUGCACGACAUUCCUUGUGCUUGUCCAUCUGCUGAAGGAGGACAGACUGAGGCUGCACACUGGACUCACCCUUCGAGUUCUGUAUGCUGCUUGGGCCUUAGUUCUACUUGGAGUUGUUGUGCCUUGGCUGUUUUCGGUGUGAAUAUGGUGGUGGGAUUUAUUUAUUUAUUGUCUUUCAGUGUCGGCUAACGAAGGGGAUGCCUAUCCAGUUGGAGCUCUGCCAGUAGGGACCCUGAUCAACAAUUUAGAGAGCCAUCCCGGGAAAGGAGCCCAGUAUAUUCGAGCAGCAGGUCAGCACCAGAUCAAGGCCAGAAACAACUUUGAGGGAGGUAGCAAACCUGGGCAGGUGGUCAGAAUCAAGGCAGUUGCCUCCUUUUCCUCCCUUCCUUUUCAACUAAAGGAGAAGGUUAAAUCUGUUGGAACAAAUGGAGUCUGUGUCCCAAAAGAAUCUUACCUUGCCUCCUUCCAUACACACUCCCCCUUUUUUGGAGGAGCUGCCCCUUUUUAUUCUUAUUUAAGGAUUUAUAAACUGCUUCACAACAAAAUAUUUCUAAUGCGGCGUACAACACUGAGUAUUUACCCCGCCCCCAACAUAUACAGUAAAUCUUUUGGGGAAGUCUCCACUUAGAGUCCCCCAUUCAUUCAGUGUUGUGGGCCCCAGCCUGUGGUACUACCUCCCGACUGAACAUUGCUCAACUUGAGGCACACAACAGAAAAUACUUUCUUAUUCCAGUAGGCAUUCUAAGCUUUAUGAUCAGGCAUCCCCAAACUCAGCCCCCCUGCUGUUUUUUGGGACUACAAUUCCCAUCAUCCCUGACCACUGUUCCUGUUAGCUAGGGAUGAUGGGAGUUGUAGUCCCAAGACAGCUGGAGGGCCGAGUUUGGGGGUGCCUGCUUUGUGAUGAACUUAUUACUGUUUUAUUCUCUGUAUGUUGUUGUUGUUUUGUAUACUGCUUAGAAAUGCUAAUAAUAUAUAAAUGCCUUGAAUUUAUAAAAAAAAAGGUGACCCACACUGCUUUGUGGGAGAUCAGGAUCUGGCCACCAGUUUGUAAAGAAGCUUAUGGGGAAUUCGCUUCCUUGCUGCUUCCAGUAAAUGUGUGCUGGGCUGAGUCAAAGCAGACUGAAGCCCUGCUGAUGCCUUGUUCUUGCUUCCAGGGACCUGUGGCGUGAUACUAAGGAAGGUGAACGAAACGGUCAUCAUCCAGUUGCCCUCCAAGAGGCAAAUGCAGGUAAACAAUUUGGGUAUAUAUGCCGCCACAUGGCAGAUGGCAGCUGCUUGCUGAGCCAUCCAUAUGGCAACCUUCUUCAGCCUGGUGCCCACCAGGUGUUUUGGACUACAGUUCCUACCAGGCCCGGCUGGCAUUGCCAGUGGUCAAGUGGGAGUUGUAGUCCAAGAAAAUACGGAGGCCACCAGGUUGUAUUGUUUGGGCCUUCUGUGCUGAACCAAGUUGUCAAUAAUAAUAAUAAUUUUUUAUUUAUACCCCGCCCUUCCUGGUUCGGAAAACCAGGCUCAGGGCAGCUAACAUCAAAUUUAAAACACUUAAUUGAUGCAACAAAAAACAGCAUAAAAUACAGUAUAAAACAUGAAUAACAAUAAAUUCAGGAUUCAAAAAUCAAUUUAGGGGGGAAAUCCAUCCAAUAAACAUUAGAUGAUCACCAGGGAUAGCUGGCUAAAUUAGUCCUAUUUGGGCCAGUGAGGAGACCAGGGGAGAAUUAGCUGUGAGAUCCCAGAUCGAGUAAUCUUCAUAAAAAGGGGAGGGAAGGAAGGAAGGAAGGAAGGAAGGAAGGAAGGGGAAUAAAAGAUCAGGCUAAGUUCAAAUUGAAAGCCAGGCAGAAUAGCUCUGUCUUACAGGCCCUGCGGAAGGAAGUUAAAUCCAGAAAGAUCCAGCAACAUGUAAAAAUCGGGGGUAUAAUGACACGUGAAGCUUCUAACGUUAUCAUUGCUCAGUCUACACUUUCCCACAUAGGUGAUGCAGACAUAUGAGGCUGAGUAUCGAGUCUUGCAGGUUUUGUACAAGUGAGGCAAUGUGUCUACUGAGGUUCUUCACCCCUGGUUUGUAUUCCUGCUCCAUAACCUUUCUCACUCUUACAGGUGAUGGAGACCUGCAUGGCAACAGUGGGCCGCGUUUCCAACGUUGACCACAACAAGCGGAUCAUCGGGAAGGCUGGUCGGAACCGGUGGUUAGGGAAGCGGCCCAAGAGUGGCCUGUGGCAUCGCAAAGGGGGAUGGGCAGGCCGCAAGAUCAGGCCCCUCCCACCCAUGAAGAGCUAUGUCAACAUCCCAUCAGCGUCUGCACAUGCUUGAUGCCUGUGUUUGUGUUGUCAGUGAUUUUGCAGGAUUCUGUCAAUAAAGGCUAUCCUUUCUGACAUGUAAACUCAGCUAAGGUUACAGAGUACAUCCCUUGUUGUUGCUGGUUGUUAAUUUAUUUACCGCUUAUAUGCCAAAAUGGCCUCUAGGCAGUUUUAUUAUUAUUUAUUAGAUUUAUAUACACAAGAUGUCAGGGCAGUUCACAAGAUGAUGA